AUGGCUAGCAGGAUAGCCUCCUCAUUGUCUCUCCUGAUCUUCCUGUCCUUCAUGGCCCUCACCUCCUCUCGUUCCUCUGCGGAUCCGAAGGUGGCGAGGAGGCACAGAGAGGAGGCUGUCCAAAAGGCACACGACGCGCUCGGGAGCGCCAUCAACUGGGCCUCAGCUUCAAUGGACUUGGAGAGAUAUGGUCUGCACGAGACCCAGAAGGGAUUAAUGGCAUUGUCCGACUGUGCCCGGCUCUACGAGGACAGCAAGGAGGCUCUCCGGCGUUUGACGGGGGAGUACGAGCUGGCCGAUGCUCUUACAUGGCUGAGCGCGGCCAUGACCGCACAUUCCACGUGCAUGGGAGGGCUGCGGCAGAUGAAUGCGUCGGCAUCGGCGUCGGCGAGGAAUGUGAGGGCUUUGCUCCGGAAGGCAUUGGCCUUGCACGCACCGCCGGCUGGCCUGAAGGACGGAACCACUUAUCAUUUCACAAUAUGUUUUGAUCUCUUGCUUUCAGGACAAAUCAGUCAUUGGUGGAACGCAACAGCCCUUGAUGAUGCUGGACUGCUAGUAUCGUGGGACGCAUCCAAGCAAAGAGCAGACAUGGUCGUAGCUCAAGAUGGUUCGGGUAACUACAAGACCAUUAAUGAAGCAGUAGCUGCACUCCAGCAGCAGCAGCAGCAGAGGGAAAGCAGGGUAGUAAUCUACGUCAAAUCAGGGGUAUACGAAGAAUAUGUCGAGAUAGGUAGGAAACUGAAGAACGUAAUGCUCGUCGGAGAUGGCAUCGACAGCACGAUCGUAACGGGCAACCACAACGUUCGUGAUGGUUACACCACCUUCAGUUCAGCCACCUUUGGUGUAACAGGUGACAACUUCUGGGCAAGGGACAUGACAUUCGAGAACGCCGCCGGGCCGGAGAAACAGCAGGCCGUCGCCGUGAUGGUGGGCUCCGACCACUCGGUGUUCUACAGAUGCAGCUUCAAAGGAUAUCAGGACACGCUCUUUGUGCUCUCGCAGAGGCAAUUCUACCGCGAAUGCCAAAUUUACGGCACGGUCGAUUUCAUCUUCGGCAACGCCGCAGCAGUGCUUCAAGACUGUGAAAUCUAUGUGAGGAAGCCAAUGUGGCACCAGCCCAACGUGAUCACAGCCCAAGGAAGAGAUGACGAGAACCAGAACACCGGCAUCUCGGUCCAUGCAUCUCGAGUGAGGCCUGCACAGGAUUUUGAACAAGUUAAGGGAUCAUUCAGGAGCUAUCUUGGCAGGCCAUGGAAGAAGUACUCGAGGACUGUGUUCUUGAAGACAUACCUUGAUGGUCUGAUAGAUCCUCAAGGGUGGGCAAAGUGGCGAGGAGAUUUCGCACUUGAUACCUUAUACUAUGCCGAGUACAUGAACACUGGGGACGGCGCUUGCGCUGGGAAAAGGGUGAAGUGGCCUGGAUUUCAUGCCCUGAGCGACUCCAGUGAAGCUGCUCCAUUCACUGUUGAGAACUUUAUAGAGGGCCAGUCAUGGAUUCCAGAGAGUGGUGUUCCCUUCUGGGGAGGAAUUUAAGCUGAAGUCCGACUACUUGCAAGUACGUAGGCAUCGGAAAAUGUUACUAAAUUAGGCACCUAUGUAUAUUGUACGGUAAUAUCACGUGUAUAUUGUAUUAUUUCCACGUAUAUUAUACAGCAAUUAGAAGAAGUUAGCUACCGACUGGUGAGGCUUCUGAAAAGGUCGAAUGCACCCAUAGAAAGAAGUCAUCAUAGAAGAAAAUAGUGGGUCGUCAUGAUUCGUGUUGUAUCCUACUUUAAAAGAAAAUAGCUGAUAUAAUCUUGUCCUACUUGU